GCCCCGCCAACACGGCGAUGAAAACUGCUGCAUCCUCACUCAAGAUGGCGGGACACAAGAUGGCGCCAACAGCAGGAAUAUCGAAUUUGCCGGAUGAACUCCUCGUCGAAAUUUUAUCUUACUUGACACCGCAAGAAAUUUACCGCACGGUGGUCCAUGUUUGCGAGCGAUGGAGGAACAUCGCAAGCGAUCCUUCAUUGUGGACGAAUUUGACCGUCCAUCCUGAGGACCUCGUUGCCCGUCAAGAUGUGGAGGGCCAUGUGGAAUGUUGCAAGAAUGAUAUAGCAUUAAUCGAAGUUGCCAAAAUGACGUCAUUACGGUUGGACGCCUUAACUCUGCGUGUUUCGAAUAGGAUUAUCGUCAACCGAUUAAUUUCUGAUUUUAAACCUGCCUUCCCCAGGUUGAAACACCUUGACCUCAAGGAAAUUGCUAUCGACAAAACUGCCUUCGAGAAAGAAUCUAAGCUGCCGUGUUUACGUUCCUUGUCGGUGGCUGGAGCAAGUCUUUACCAUUUUUAUAAUCUAGUAGAUUUUAGGAAUAUUAGACAUUUGCGUGUUGAUCAUUUGCAUAAUUAUAGAGAACGAUUACCAGACUCGGAAUACACGCCCAAUCUACUGUAUCUCAGCCAGACGUGCAUUCACCUCGAAGAGCUCGAACUGUACGGAGCACCGCUUCCAGACGACGUUUUGGAAAGUUUUCUUACGAAUUCUAGAGGACGAUUAAAAACUUUAGGACUCACUAUCCCGUGCGGCAAGCCAUUCUGGGUUCAAGCCAUCGAAUAUAAUAUGAGUACAUCAUUGGUGAAACUUAUAAUCGAUCAGGAGCCUAAUUUUUUGGAAUAUUUUUUCGGCGACAUCGACUUGCUCGGUAUGCGGAACCUUAGCAGCUUGAAAUACUUGGAAUUUUCAGUUAGCGUUCGUGGAUAUUAUGAUAAUUGGAAUCAAGCAAGGCUGCGUGAAUUUUUCCAUUCAAGCACUUUUAUCCACCUUGAAACUCUCAAUGUAGCCAAUGUCAGAGCUCGGGGUGAUGUUGUUCUGAAGUCGAUAUGCACGGAAUUCAAAUUCCUAAAACAUUUGAAAAUUUCGAAAUGGUCUGGAGUUUCAGACGCUGGAAUUCGUGCGAUGUUGUCGGAUUGCAAUUAUUUAGAAACUUUAGAAUUACGUAAGCUCGAUACAGACUUCGAAGUGGAGACUUUUGCAGCUCUUCCUAGAACCCUUAGGAAAUUGGGACUCCAUUUUUGCGGCUCAAUGAGCUAUGAAUUUAUAAUUAAAAUACAUAAUCUUCAUCCUGCACUUUCCUUGGAGUACACAUUGGAUGCUGUGUUGUCUGUAAGAGGAUUGUUUAAAUAA